AUGGGGCGUCCUCUUCCAAGGAAGUUUAAAAUGCCCCAAUUGGAAACAUUUAAUGGCUCCACGGACCCGUUAGAUCAUUUGGAAACAUAUAAAUCCUUGAUGCACCUACAAGCAGUGCCAGACGAGGUAAUGUGUCAGGCGUUCCCAGUUACCCUCAAGGGAAGUGCCCGAGCAUGGUUCAACAAGCUCCCACCGGGAAGUAUACGUAGCUUCAAAGAGCUUAGCACAAGCUUUGUAAGUUACUUCAUUGCUGGCCAGCGCUACGGCAAACUAGCAACGCACCUCUUGACGGUGAAACAAGGAAGAUGGGAAUCAUUAAGAGAAUACACCACCAGGUUUAAUAAAGAGGUGGUCCAAAUAGAUGAAGCCGACGAUAACGUGAGCAUAACUGCAUAUAUUGCUGGGUUGUAUUCAGGAAAAUUCCUAUACCUUGUGUCUCAAGAGCCACCCAAAACCAUGGCAGAGCUCAUGCUCAGAGCUCAGAAGCACAUGAACGCAGAAGAAGCUGUCUACGCAAGGCGUACACGUGAUGGUUUUGAUCCUCAAACAGGACCAUCACAGAUUGGCGAAUUCCCUCCAACAGACAAGAGGAAGAGAGAAGCUGUCCGCAAGUUAGGAGGUGAACCAAAAAACAAAAAGGUGGACUCAAGGUCAUCUCCGAAGAGAGGAGUAGCCGGAGGGCCGCCCCAAGGAAAGUACAAGCAGUUCACUCCGCUCAUAGCCACAGCAAAGCAAAUCGUCAGCAAUCUGCAAGACGAUCCAUGUAACACCCCGAUUUUUGGGAACGUUAAUUUAAUAAAUUUUCCACAUUUAUUAAAUGGAAAGAAACAUAAAGUCAUUACAAGCCAACUUAUCCCCAAAUUCGUGUUACACUUAUUUAAAUAG